AAAGUUGCAAAUCCUGAAGCGCAUAUUGCAGUUUUAUUUGGUAUUCAGUGGGUUUUACUGGCCGCCUCCUCAGCUCCACUGAAGCUUUUCUCUUCUCUCAGCAAUGGCGGCUCUGUCAUCUUCUUCUUCACCAUCCUCCUUCUUCUUCUCCACUGCUUCUCCUCACCCUAAACCAACCCGCUUCUCUAGACUUGUUCGUAUGGCUUAUCAGGAGAACGCUCCUUCUCUCGCCGUCGUCGGCGUCACCGGCGCCGUCGGCCAAGAAUUCCUCUCCGUCCUUUCCGAUCGCGAUUUUCCUUAUCGCUCCAUCAAGAUGCUGGCCUCCAAGCGUUCUGCUGGAAAGUCCGUUCGUUUCCAAGGUGAAGAGCAUGUUGUCGAGGAGCUCACCGCGGAUAGCUUCGAUGGUGUGGACAUUGCUCUCUUUAGCGCUGGAGGAUCCAUUAGCAAACACUUUGGACCGCUUGCUGUUGAGAAGGGAACUAUUGUUGUUGAUAAUAGCUCUGCGUUUCGAAUGGAUGAGAAUGUGCCUCUUGUUAUUCCGGAGGUUAAUCCUGAAGCUAUGAAAGGGAUUAAGGUUGGAAAUGGCAAGGGCGCUUUGAUUGCUAAUCCUAAUUGCUCAACUAUCAUCUGUUUGAUGGCUGUUACUCCUCUACAUCGUCACGCUAAGGUGUUACGUAUGGUUGUUAGUACAUAUCAAGCAGCUAGUGGUGCUGGUGCUGCAGCAAUGGAAGAGCUUGUGCAACAAACUCGUGAGGUUCUUGAGGGAAAACCACCAACUUGUAAUAUAUUUAGGGACCAGUAUGCUUUCAAUUUGUUCUCCCACAAUGCAUCUGUUCUUUCAAAUGGAUACAAUGAAGAGGAAAUGAAAUUAGUAAAAGAAACCAGGAAAAUAUGGAGUGAUGCAAAUGUUAAAGUUACUGCCACUUGUAUACGAGUUCCUGUCAUGCGUGCACAUGCCGAGAGUAUAAAUCUUCAAUUUGAGAAUCCCCUUGAUGAGAAUGCAGCCAGAGAGAUUCUGAAAAAUUCUCCUGGAGUGGUCAUCAUUGACGACCGGAAAGCCAACCAGUUUCCUACGCCCUUGAAAGUAUCAAAAAAAGAUGACAUUGCAGUUGGAAGGAUCAGACAGGAUGUUUCACUUGAUGGAAAUAAAGGAUUGGACAUCUUCAUCUGUGGAGAUCAAAUACGCAAGGGCGCAGCGCUUAAUGCAGUUCAGAUCGCCGAGUUGUUACUGUAAUCCUGACCACAGCAGAAAGACGGUAUAUUGCUAGACAAAGUCUUUAUUGUUAGUAUUCAUGAAAUUUUAGGAUGUCUCAGGAGGCUAAAAUUCGUCUCUGGAUCUUGGUAUCCAUGACUUAGAGCAAAUGUUGCAGAACAGAGCAAAUUUUGCAGAACGGUCGACUAAUGUUAUGAGUUUGCAUUUAAAUCUCUCUACAAAAAUUUUGGAAUUGAUGUUUUUUAGAAUAAGCAAGCGAGUUUCAUGCUGUGUUUGUGAAUUGUUGAUUUAAUGUGUGUUAAAUAUUAGUUGUGGAUUA